GACAAUGUUUAAAUAUAUGCAAUGAAAGAAUUAAAAUUUAACAGAUCAUAAUUUAGAAACAGUCAAUUUUUUAGAAAGGUUUGUAAUGAAAAGAAUGUUCAUUUCUAGUAAAAUUAAAGUAUGCCUUUUAAACUUCAUCAAGAUGCUACUUUGUAAUGGAGUAAACUUGCUAUAAUAAUAAAAUAGACAUAUAUCUGUAGGUGAUUUACAUAGAAUUUUAAAAAAGAAUGGUGGAUUAUCAGAGAAAAUAGUUAAAUUUCUUAUUGCUGAAAUAAUUUUAGCAUCAGAAUAUUUACAUCAAUAGUUAAAAAUAGUAUAUAGAGACCUAAAACCAGAAAAUAUUUUAUUGACAGAAUAAGGACAUAUUAAUCUAACGGAAUUUGGAUUAACCAUAUAAAUAUAAGAUAAACAUACAUAUACUGUAUUAAUUGAAAAUAAUAAUUAUAGGUUGCUGGAACACCUGAAUAUUUGGCACCUGAAAUUAUUGCUAGACCUGGUCAUACUUAUGAAGUUGAUUUUUGAACAUUAGAAAUUCUAAUAUAUGAAAUGUUAUCAGGAUAUGCACCAUUUAUGUGUGAAGAUCGUAAUCUUUGUACUUCUAAAUUGUAUGUCUAUUAUUUACUUUUUAUUAAGCUUAUUAUGUUGAACAAACCAAUAUAUUCUCCUAAAAUUUCAAG